AUGCUGCGCUGGAGGGAGAAGGGUGAUGAGAUGAGGGAGAAGGGUGAUGAGAGUAGGGAGAAGGGUGAUGAGAGUAGGGAGAAGGGUGAUGAGAGUAGGGAGAAGGGUGAUGAGAGUAGGGAGAAGGGUGAUGAGAGUAGGGAGAAGGGUGAUGAGAGUAGGGAGAAGGGUGAUGAGAGUAGGGAGAAGGGUGAUGAGAUGAGGGAGAAGGGUGAUGAGAGUAAGGAGAAGGGUGAGGAGAGUAGGGAGAAGGGUGAUGAGAGUAGGGAGAAGGGAGAUGUGAGUAGGGAGAAGGGUGAUGAGAGUAGGGAGAAGGGUGAUGAGAGUAGGGAGAAGGGUGAUGAGAGUAGGGAGAAAGGAGAUGAGAGUAAGGAGAAGGGUGAUGAGAGUAGGGAGAAGGGUGAUGAGAGGAGGGAGAAGGGUGAUGAGAGUAGGGAGAAGGGUGAUGAGAGUAGGGAGAAAGGUGAUGAGAGUAGGGAGAAGGGUGAUGAGAGUAAGGAGAAGGAAGAUGAGAGUAGGGAGAAGGGUGAUGAGAGUAGGGAGAAGGGUGAUGAGAGGAGGGAGAAGGGUGAUGAGAGGAGGAAGAAGGGUGAUGAGAUUAGGGAGAAGGGUGAUAAGAGUAGGGAGAAAGGUGAUGAGAGUAGGGAGAAUAGUGAGAGUAGGGAGAAGGGCGAUGAGAGUAGGGAGAAGGGAGAUUAG